CGAGUAACAUGACAUGAUUCUAUAAUUGGAGAGUAUUCCACGCCAACAUGCAUAUAUUGUCUUUGGUAUCAAAAGUUUGCAUGUUAACUUGAAAAUGGAGGGUCGUCGUCAACUUUUACUGGCGUUGAGCUUUGGGGCUUUUGCCAUUAUACAUCUCGUUCAAGCUCAGCCGCCUGAUCAACAAGGAUUCAUCAGUUUGGACUGCGGUUUACCCGUUAAUGAGUCUCCUUAUACCGACCCAAUAACCGGAUUAACAUUCUCAUCUGAUGCUGAUUUUAUUUUAAGUGGUUUACGUGGUGAAGUUGGGGAUGACAGGACCUAUAUCUACAGGCAGUACAAGGAUUUGAGAUAUUUUCCCGAUGGAAUACGAAACUGCUAUAAUCUGAAAGUAGAGCAAGGCAUCAACUAUUUGAUAAGAGCGGGGUUCGGAUAUGGAAAUUAUGAUGGUCUAAAUGUAUAUCCAAAAUUUGAUUUACAUGUUGGGCCUAACAUGUGGAUUGCGAUUGAUUUGGAAUUUGGAAAAGAUCGUGAGAUCAUUUACAUGACAAAGUCGAACUUAUUGCAGAUUUGUCUUGUAAAAACAGGAUCAACUAUACCAAUGAUAUCAACCUUGGAACUACGGCCACUAAGAAAUGAUUCGUAUAUGACGCAAUUCGGUCCCUUGAACCUCAUUUACCGGCGGGUCUAUAGUAACAAUUCUACCGGUUUUAUACGGUAUCCUGAUGAUAUCUUUGAUCGCAAAUGGGACCGAUAUAAUGAAUUCGAAACGGAUGUGAACACCACCCUCAAUGUAAGAUCCUCUAGUCCCUUUCAAGUACCAGAAGCUGUGAGUAGGAUGGGAAUCACGCCCGAAAAUGCCAGCUUGCCAUUGAGAUUUUCAGUGUCUCUAGAUGACGACAGUGACAAGGUUAACGUGUACUUUCACUUUGCCGAAAUCCAAGCCUUGAGGGCCAAUGAUACUAGAGAAUUCGACAUUGAAUUGGAUGGUAAUAUUAUUCAAUCAGCAUAUAGUCCUACGAUGUUUCAAUCAGAUACCAAAUACAACCUAUCACCUCAAAAAUGUAGCGUCGGGUUGUGCUACUUGGACCUCACUAGAACUCCGAGGUCAACUCUUCCACCGCUGAUUAAUGCUAUUGAGGCUUUCAAGGUUUUGGACUUUCCAUAUGCUGAAACAAAUCCAAAUGAUGCUGCUUCAUAUAAUCUAUCGUAUCAAAAAAAAAGAAGUUUGUAUCACAACUUGAAAAUGGAGUGCUAUCGCAAACUGUUACUGGCUUUGAGCUUCGGGGCUUUUGCUACUAUACAUCUUGUUCAAGCUCAGCCAGAUCAACAAGGAUUCAUCAGUUUGGACUGUGGUUUACCCCCUGGCGAGUCUCCGUAUACCGACCCCGUAACCGGAUUAACGUUCUCAUCUGAUGCCGACUUCAUCGAAAGUGGUAAACGAGGAGAAGCUGGGGAUGAUGUGACGUAUACCUACAGGCGGUACAAGGAUCUGAGAUAUUUUCCGGAUGGAACACGAAACUGCUAUAAUCUGAUAGUAAACAAGGGAAUCAACUAUCUAAUAAGAGCCGGGUUCUCCUAUGGAAAUUAUGAUGGCCUUAACGUAUAUCCCAAAUUUGAUUUACAUGUUGGGCCUAACAUGUGGAUCGCGGUGGAUUUGGACGACGAAAAUGAUCGUGAGAUCAUUUACAUGACUAAGUCAAAUGUAUUGCAGAUUUGCCUUGUCAAGACAGGAGUAACUAUACCAAUGAUAUCAACCUUGGAACUACGGCCAUCAAAAAAUGAUUCUUAUAUGACACAAUUCGGUCCCUUGAACCUAAUAUACCGGCGGGCCUAUACAAGCGAUUCUCGCGGUUAUAUACGGUAUCCUAAUGAUGUUUUUGAUCGCAAAUGGGAUCGAUAUAGCUGGUUUGAAACAGAUGUAAACACCACUCUCAAUGUGACUUCCUCAAAUCCUUUUUUAGUGCCAAAUGUUGUAAGUAGGUCAGGUAUUUCCCCAAAAAAUACCAGCAAACCAAUGUUCUUUUACACAUCUUUAGAGGACGACAAUGACAAAGUUAUUGUGUACUUUCACUUUGCCGAGAUCCAAGAUCUGAAAGGAAAUGAUACGAGGGAAUUCGACAUUGAAUUGGAUGAAAAAAUUAUUCACAAAGCUUAUAGUCCUAAGGUGUUACUAUCGGAAACAAUAUACAACACAUCACCACAAAAAUGCAGAUUUGGCGCUUGCGCCAUAUACCUUGUAAGAACUCAAAGAUCAACUCUUCCACCACUGAUCAAUGCUAUGGAGGCAUUCAAUGUUUUGGAAUUUCUAUAUGUCGAAACAAAUCCAAACGAUGUGGCUGCUCUCAAGAAUAUCCAAACUACUUAUGGAUUGAACAUAAUCAGUUGGCAAGGAGAUCCUUGCCUCCCUGAACAGCUGAAGUGGAAAGGGGUAGAGUGCAGCUAUACAAAUAAGUCGACUCCACCAAGAAUCAUUUCCCUAGACUUAUCGGCAAACCAGUUGAGUGGGAGCAUAGCAUCUAGCUUUCAAAAUUUGACCGAGUUGCAGAAACUGGAUUUAUCAAGUAAUAGUUUGUCGGGAGGACUACCCGAAUUUUUAGCCAACAUGAAAUCAUUGUUGACCAUUAACUUAAGUUGGAACAAUCUUAAAGGUACAAUUCCUCAGGCUCUUCGUGAUAGAGAAAAAAAUGGGCUAAAGCUAGUUAUGCAAGGGAACCCAAAGCUUUGCCAGACUGAUGAAUGCAAAAAUAGCAACACAAGAUUCCUUGUACCGGUUGCUGCAUCCAUUGCUUCCUUGACCGUUAUUGUAGUUGUGCUAGUUCUCAUUUUCUUUGCCAUAAAGAAAACAAAGUUAAAAGUUCGUAGAAGAUCACCAAUUGCUAAGUCAGUGAUAUUAACCAAAAAGAAAAGGUUUACAUAUUCCGAGGUUGAAGCAAUGACAAAUAACUUUGAAAGAGUUCUCGGGGAAGGAGGAUUCGGAGUUGUCUAUCAUGGUUCUUUAAAUGAUCCCGAACACGUAGCUGUUAAACUGCUCGCUCAAUCAUCUACACAAGGGUAUAAGCAAUUCAAAGCAGAGGUGGAGUUGCUUCUGCGAGUCCAUCACACAAAUUUAGUAAACCUUGUUGGAUACUGUAUCGAAGAAGACCAGCUGGCCCUUGUCUAUGAGUUUGCAUCCAACGGGGACUUGAAACAACAUCUCUUAGGAGAAUCACAUGGAGUAGCUUUAAAUUGGGCAAAUAGACUUAUAAUCGCUAUGGAGACGGCACAAGGAUUAGAGUACUUACACAUUGGAUGCGAACCCCCAAUGAUCCACAGAGAUGUCAAAACAACAAAUAUACUUCUUGACGAGAACUACCAGGCGAAGCUUGCUGACUUUGGACUCUCUAGAUCUUUCCCAAUCGGAGUUGAAAGGCAUAUGUCGACAAAUGUCGCCGGAACUCCCGGGUAUCUUGAUCCUGAAUAUUUUCAAACAAAUUGGUUGACCGAGAAGAGUGAUGUAUAUAGCUUUGGGAUUGUACUAUUGGAGAUGAUAACAAGCCAACCUGUGAUUCAGCAAUCCCGUAAAAAACCUCACAUAGCAGAAUGGGUGGGAUUAAUGCUUAAAAGGGGAGAUAUUGAGAAUAUUAUGGAUCCAAAUCUCCAUGGGGAUUAUGACUCAAGUUCUGUUUGGAAGGCUCUUGAGCUAGCUAUAUCAUGCGUCAAUCCCUCUUCGUUAAGAAGACCAAGUAUGACUCAGGUUGUUAGUGAAUUAAAGGAGUGUCUCGUAUAUGAGGACUCAAAGAAGGGAAGGAAAUCAGAUAUGGAUUCAAAUAUUUCCCUUGAACUAAGUACUAGCUUCACCGUGGUAAUGACCCCUCAUGCACGGUAAUCUCUACCAAGGAAAACAUCACAUAUAUUUAUGAUAGAUAAGGAAACAAUGAUACAAUUUCGGCUGAAUUAUUCUUAGCUUGUUUUGAAACCUUUUUCAGCUACUUACAAUGUCAAAGGUUUUAAUUUUAUGGAAAACUUCUAUC